AUGUCAAAAUACGAAACCGCCCUCUCAAAAAUCGACGCAGCCCACUCCGAAGAUCCCCGCCAACACGAAACCCCAACCGGGCCAAUCCCCUACGAACUACACUACGCCCAAAAAAUGACCAACUACCUUGAAACCCUCAAGCCACACGCCGACGAGCUCCUCCGCCUAGCAAUCCGCGCGCAACACCUCCGCCGCUGGGAAGUACCACGAGACAGCUAUCCAAUGACGAAAAUCGGCUACCACAGCUGGCGCGGAGGGCUACAGCGUCGGCAGGCGGAGAUCGUAAAGGGGAUCUGUGUUGAGAGUGGGUAUACGGUCGAGGAGGCGGAAAGGGUUGGGGAGAUGGUUAAGAAGACUGAUUUGAAGAAGGGGGAUGCGGAUACGCAGACGCUGGAGGAUGUUGCUUGUUUGGUUUUCUUGGAUGAUCAAUUUGAUCGGUUUGAGAGGGAGCUUGGGGAUGAGGGGAAGAUGGUUGAUAUUUUGAGAAAGACUUGGGGGAAGAUGAGUGAGCGGGGACGGGAGGAGGCGUUGAAGAUUUCCUUGUCGGAUAAUGCGGUGAGGUUGGUUGGCAUUGCUUUGGGGGGUAAUUCUUAA